AGGAAAAAGAAUUUAAAAAAUAAAAAUAAAACAUUCUAUCUGUUCAACCUUUACGCUACCUCUUCUUUUAUCCUCCAAAACCAGAACAUUUUCAUCUUCUUUAGUUUUUGCUUUCACCUUUUUUAUUUUCAAAUUUCCAAUUCAAGGUCAUUGAUCUUGGGAUCAGAGGAUGGCUACAAAAGGCACUGAUUCGUCUCAGGUAAAUGUAGGUCCACCUGCUUCAGCUCCGGUCCCAGCCCCGGCUCCUUCUCCACCUGGAGCUGGACCUCCACCAGGGCAGCCACCUGGUGCCCUUGAUCAUCGUUCUCGUCCCGGCAAUGCGGUUUUCAAGAGUGGACCACUGUUUAUAUCAUCCAAAGGAAUUGGAUGGACAUCCUGGAAGAAGAGGUGGUUUAUUUUAACACAUACUUCUCUGGUUUUCUUCAGAAGUGAUCCAAGUGCUAUUCCUCAAAAGGGAAGUGAAGUGAAUUUGACCCUUGGUGGUAUUGACCUCAACAAUUCAGGCAGCGUGGUUGUCAAAGCAGAAAAAAAGCUAUUGACAGUGCUCUUUCCUGAUGGUCGUGAUGGACGAGCCUUCACGCUUAAGGCUGAAAAUUUAGAGGAUUUGUACGAGUGGAAGACUGCACUGGAGAAUGCUUUGGCACAAGCACCUAGUACUGCUUCUGUGAUGGGGCAAAAAGGCAUCUUCAAGAAUGAUCAGGCUGAGACACCUAAUGCAAAUAAUAAACCUGUGAAAUUCACGGUCAUUGGUCGACCAAUUUUACUCGCUUUAGAAGAUGUUGAUGGAACUCCAUCUUUUUUGGAAAAAGCCCUUCGGUUUAUUGAAGAGCAUGGUGUCAAAGUAGAAGGGAUCCUGAGACAAGCUGCAGAUGUUGAUGACGUUGAAUGCAGAAUUCGAGCAUUUGAGCAGGGAAAAACUGAAUUUUCUCCCGGGGAAGAUGCACAUGUUGUUGCUGAUUGUGUCAAGUAUGUUAUCCGGGAGUUGCCUUCCUCUCCAGUACCUGCAUCUUGCUGUAAUGCUCUUCUGGAAGCACGUCGAACUGAUCGUGGCAGUAGAGUCAACGCUAUACGUACCGCAAUAUGUGAAACAUUCCCUGAGCCAAAUCGUCGCUUACUGCAGAGAAUACUUACAAUGAUGCAAACUGUUGCUUCUAGCAAAACUGUAAAUCGAAUGAGCACUUCUGCUGUUGCGGCUUGCAUGGCACCCUUACUUCUUCGUCCCCUUCUAUCUGGUGAUUGUGAGAUAGAAACUGAUUUUGAUGUGGGUGUUGACGGUUCUGUUCAACUUCUGCAAGCAGCUGCUGCAGCCAAUCAUGCUCAAGCCAUUGUCAUAACAUUAUUGGAAGAGUAUGAUAAUAUAUUUGGGGAAGGUUCUUUGUCUCCUGGAUUAUACUCAGAAGAAAGCGGAAGUGAAACUGAGGAGGCUUCUGAUGAUGAUGGGUCCUAUGAAGAUGAUGAAAAUGAUGACAUGACAGAAGAUUCUGAUGCAUAUACAGAUGAUGAUCUCGAAAAUGCAUCAAGUGAAUCAUGCAGUGAGAGUUGUGGCUCUGCAAAAAUUGAUCGGGAUGACAAUAGGAUGCAGGAUUUCAGAUUAGGUUCCAAGUGUCCUGAUCCUACUGCCUUACAGAUGCAGGAUUCCAACUUGGGUUCCAAGUCUCCUGAAAGUAGUGAUAAUCUUAAAGUCAGCCAGAACUCAUCAACAAGUACACAUCAGAUUUCAAUGCCUCAACAGGAAGAUGUAAAGAGGAGUGAGACUAUUCUAAAUCAGGGUGAAACUGAUUUGGCAACACAGGCUAACGAAUCUGCUGGACAACUAGAAGAUGUAUCUAAAGGAACAAGUUCAGUGCAUAAUUUAAGUAGUCAUAAUAUGAUCUCAUGCAUGCAGAAAUCUACUAGCAUAUCAAAUGGACCUGAGCCUGGUGUCAGGCGUGGCACUGUUUGGGGACGAACUGCUGCAAAGAAGAACCUGCCCAUGGAAUCCAUUGACUUACCCGUUGAAGAUGAGGCUGAGAUCCAGAGGCUUGAGGCCACUAAAUCUGAGUUGCAAAACAGAAUCGCAGAUGAGGCAAAAGGAAAUGAGAUUCUGCAAGCUGGUUUGGAAAGACGGAAGAAGGCCUUGCAUGAGCGUCGUCUAGCUCUUGAGAAAGAUGUGGCUAGCCUACAGGAUCAGUUGCAGAAUGAGAGAGAUAAGAAAACAGCUUUAGAAUCAGUACUUAACACAUCUAAGGGGUCUAUAUCUUGUCCAGCUACAAUUGAUGAAAAGACGAAGGCAGAGAUUGAAGAAAUAGUUAGAGCAGAAUCAGAAGUUGGCAGUUUGCAGCAGAAGCUUGAUGAUCUUGGAGUGCAGCUGAAUCAACAACUCCAAAAAAACCAUGGUUCCACAGGUGAUUCAGGCAAUCAGCUCCAACAAACGUCAGCGAAGUUGAUGGGCAAAAAAUGGGAUACUGAAGCUUCUGCUCCUUCACAUGUUUCUGAAAGGUCAACAAGCAAGCAGGAUAUUUGUUUGGAUGGAGCUGCAGAGAGUAACAAUCACGAGAGGAAGCGGGAAUCAACUUCUAAACCGAAUAAAAAUUCAUCUCAAAACCAGCAGCUGGAUUCAACAAACAAUAGCAACUCCAAGCCUACCGCUCCUAGCAAUUCUAAGAAAUCUGGUUCAAAGGGUGAGGGAAGCAACUCCAGUUCUUUAUCAUUGACAAAGUUGACAACCAGACUCAACUUUCUGAAGGAACGGCGGAGUCAGAUAGCAAGUGAACUCCAAAAUAUUCGAGGUUCUGGUCAAGCUGUCCGAAGUCAAGAUAAAAGUAGAGGAUCAGAAGCCCAGAACACAGACAAGUCUCAAGGGUCAGAAAUCGGCAGAGAAGGUGACAAUUCCCAAUCACUCCAAAACGUGGACAAACGGGAAGGCCAGUCACAACAGAAACCGGAAAAGUUCAGGAAAUCAAAUAGCCAUUCAGUCCAGAAUGUGGAUGGAGGUAGAAGAUCAGAAGGCCAACGUCAAUACGCUUUGGAAAGAGGAAGAUCUGAAGGUCAUGUGAACUAUGACGGUGAACAAAGUCAAGGACCUGGUGGCCAAUCUGUCACGCCUUCUCGUACGUACUCUAGAUGAUACCAUGUCUUCUACAUAUCUCAGUCAUUGUUUGUGCACAGGCAGGAUGAAUUAAAAGCGCGUAGAAGAUGAGGAUGUUUUUUGGAAAGAAAACCUGCAACAUUUUC